CGUACAUCAUUCUCAUAAGGAAGUCUAGUAUAUGCCAAAUAAGUGGUACGUGGACGUCUUUGUAUGAAGAGAAAUAUAAAGAACUGUUGCUGAAAGAAAGGUUAAAAGAAGAACUAUGAGGAAUUCUCUUACUAUACUAAGUUUGUGUUUUGUUGCCGCAUGGAUAUUGGUAAAAGGGCAGCCCUUAUGCAACAUUGAAACUUUAAUUGGAAAUGAAACUUCACACGUGCAGGCAUUUUUCAAUCUCUUAGAUGGAGAUAUACAAGAUCUAAAGUGUAAAGCUGGCUGUGGUCUGUACAUUGUCAAUGGGACACUUGGAGCCAUUAUACACAAUUUCUCAGGCUUUGCAUAUCAAAUAUUUGAAAACUGCAUUAAGAAAGGUGUUAGAACUGGUGAUGCAUGCAAGAUAACAGAUUGCUUAAUGGAUCUCACUGAUAUGGGACUAAAGGUAGCCAAGUCUGCAAAUUUGACAAUACCACUGAUGGAUGAAAUUGAAUGGCUCAUUGGUAUUAUGAAAACAGUAUAUACUGCUGAAAACUCUGCUAAUGGAAUAUUUAUAGCACAUGAACAAUCUGAAGUGUUACAAUUUUCACACAGAAAAGUAUCGCCCUCACCCACAAUAGAACAACUGGAGAAUGAACAUAAACAAGUGCAAAAGCAUUCCAACAGCACAUCAGUAGCUACCAGUUUGUUACCAGCUAUUGGCAUUCUCUCUGCUUCUGGUUACUUCACUUUCUUAUACUUACUUAUCAAUAUCUAAGUGUGGGUUUUACUCUUUAUUCUUCACACAUAUAUUGUUAAGAAUAAUACUAUUUGUAUUGAAGUUACAUAUUUGUCUUUGUUUGAAUGUGGUAUGCAUAUUUUAGGAGACAGCAGAAGCGCCCAUUCUUUGCCUAGCAGAUUGCUGCUUUUGUUGUCCAUAUCACAAUAUAUAGUAGCUAAAUUUUAAAGAAGGAACAACACCCAAAUUAAAAAAAAAAAUACAGUUUACUCAUGUAAAUAAAUAGAGAAGAUUGCACCAGGAUGUAUCACUUCCAAAAAUUUUAUUUCGAUUCUUGUACAUCAUUUUAAUAGCUGUGGUAACUGUAUGUAUUUGCCAGAGUAUGGAGUAUAUUUCACAUAUUUGUGUUCUCUAUCAAGUCUCUUAGAAAACAACAACAUUCAUAUGGCUGCUUUGUCAGUAUUAAAAUACAGAGUUGCUAACACUUCAAGAAUCAAUAACACUCAACUCAAUUUAAAAAAAAAAAUUAAUAAGAAUUUAUGCCAAAUCCUGAAACUUGACAGCAAUACUUCCACAAAGUUUUAACAUCUGUAACUCUUGUACAUUUUGGUAACAGUACAGAAUAAAUUCCAUGAUAUCUUA